AUGGGCAUCCGAGCUGCAUGGAAAGAAGACCUUCAGGCAACCUCAGCAGAGCUGGUUUUCGGAGAAUCCAUACGUCUGCCAGGAGAGUUCGUGAACCCGAAACAAACGACAGGAGACUCCGACCCAGCUGUCUACGUCAACCGCCUUCGCCGACACUUCAACGAGCUGAAGCCUCAACCAACUUCAUGGCAUGGAGAUAAGCCAACUUUCAUUUUUAAAGAUUUGGCCUCAUCAUCCCACGUUCUGGCCUACCGCAAUGCACCUAAAGGUCCGCUGGAGAACCCCUACGAAGGUCCAUUCCCAGUCAUAUCACGGCACCCUCGCUAUUACGUCAUCAAAAUACGUAACCGAGAAGUAGCUGUAUCGUUUGAUCGACUGAAACCAGCAUACGUGACCAGGGACAGCCCCGAUGACCUACAAGGGCACGAAGAUCGACCACAAGACCAGCAACCAGAAAACCAGCAACCAGCCGACGACUCAUUUCCAGAGGACAGUCACUCCGACAACAACCGUACAACACGUUCAGGAAGAAGAGUGCGCUUCACACAGUUUUAUCAAGCGGGAUAG